AUGGCUCAUGCUCUUGCUAAGGCCACUCUUGGCCUCACCCUUCCUGCUCAUAUCGAUCCACUCAAGAUCUCUUUCGUUGCGAAAGAGAUCGAUUUGGUAGAAUGGAAGGGAGAUAUGCUUGCAGUGGGUGUCACUGAGAAAGACAUGGUGAAAGAUGUGAACUCAAAAUUCCAAAAUUCCAUCUUGAAGAAACUAGAUUCCCAACAUGGUGGGCUAUUGUUCGAAGUAUCUAAAGAGGAAGAUUUCACGGGAAAGGCUGGGCAGUCCGCUGUUCUUAGGCUUUCAGGUGUUGGACCCAAACGGGUCAGCUUAUUUGGGCUUGGAAAAUGCACCACUGGUUCAGCUACUUCAGCCUAUCGCUGUCUUGGUGAAUCUGUUGCCUCAGCAGUGAAAACCUAUCAGGCAAACAAUGCUGGCAUCACUCUUGCUUCUUUUGAAGGCCUAACUUCUGAAAUGAAGCUCACAGCUGUGUCAGCAAUAGCAACUGGUAUAUCACUUGGAACGUAUGAAGAUAAUAGAUUUAAAUCAGAGUCUAAGAAGCCUACUCUAAAAUCUGUUGAGUUUCUUGGUUUUGGAGCCGGACCUGAGUUAGAGAAGAAACUCAAGUACACCGAGGAUGUUUGCACAGGGGUAAUUUUGGGAAAGGAGCUUGUAAAUUCACCGGCCAAUGUACUCACCCCUGGGGUACUAGCACAAGAGGCUGAGAAGAUUGCUUCGACGUAUAGCAAUGUUCUUACGGCAAAAAUAUUGGAUACAGAACAAUGCAAAGAGUUGAAGAUGGGUUCCUAUCUUGGUGUUGCUGCUGCUUCUGCAAAUCCUCCAAAAUUUAUUCAUUUGUGUUAUAAACCUCCAAGUGGAUCUGUCAAGAAGAAGUUGGCUUUAGUCGGGAAGGGACUAACUUUUGACAGUGGUGGCUACAAUAUUAAGACUGGACCUGGUUGUUCAAUAGAGCUCAUGAAAUUUGAUAUGGGAGGCUCGGCAGCGGUUUUAGGUGCUGCAAAAGCUCUUGGUCAAAUUAAACCGGCUGGAGUAGAGGUUCAUUUUAUUGUGGCUGCUUGUGAAAACAUGAUAAGUGGAACAGGAAUGAGGCCUGGGGACAUAGUGACGGCCUCAAAUGGGAAAACAAUUGAGGUAAACAAUACUGAUGCUGAGGGAAGGCUUACACUUGCUGAUGCGUUGGUAUAUGCUUGUAACCAAGGUGUGGACAAGAUAGUUGAUUUGGCAACGUUGACAGGUGCUUGUGUUGUUGCUCUUGGACCCUCAAUCGCAGGCGUGUUCACACCGAGUGAUGAGCUGGCGAAGGAAGUGGUGGCAGCCUCGGAAGUUGCUGGAGAAAAGCUUUGGAGAAUGCCAAUGGAGGAAAGUUACUGGGAAAGUAUGAAAUCAGGUGUGGCUGAUAUGGUGAAUACUGGCGGCCGACAGGGUGGUUCUAUUCUUGCAGCUCUUUUCCUGAAGCAGUUUGUGGAUGAGAAAGUGCAAUGGUUGCAUAUCGACAUGGCUGGACCUGUGUGGAACGACAAGAAGAAAACAGCGACAGGGUUUGCCAUUUCGACUUUGGUUGAAUGGGUGCUGUCCAACUCUUCGUCUUGAUGUUUAUGAACUUGUAAGAAUCGAAUAAGAAAUAUGGGAGAUUGAGAAAGAUUUGUGAUUUGCAGUUAGUUUCUCAUGGAUUUUGUUAGUAGUUUGAGAUUUAUGUCAUGCAGACAGGGUGUUUGAAUGUGCAAUUUAAAAGUGGUGAUAUUACCACCACAUAAUAAAUAGUCUCAAACUCAUUUUUAUAA